CUAUUUUAGCUUUGGCACGACCUUCUUACCAACUUAGUAGUUGCCGUCGCUAACUCUGACGAUCCUUUGUUGAGUUUAAUUUUUUUGCAGGUCUCAACAUACUAAAAUCGGCUUUUAGACUUCUGGAAAAAUGACAAGUUACACUUAUCUUUUUAAAUACAUAAUAAUUGGAGAUACAGGGGUAGGAAAAUCAUGUCUACUACUUCAGUUUACUGAUAAACGCUUUCAACCAGAGCACGAUUUAACCAUAGGGGUCGAAUUUGGGGCCCGUAUAAUAGCUCUGGAAGGAAAACAGUAUAAAUUACAAAUAUGGGAUACGGCUGGACAGGAAUCCUUUCGUUCAAUUACUAGAUCUUACUAUCGAGGAGCAGCGUGUGCUCUUCUGGUCUACGAUAUUUCACGAAGGGAAACAUUUAACCAUCUAAAUACUUGGCUUAGCGAUGUGAAACAGUAUGCAAGUAACAAUAUGGUGAUUAUGCUUGUGGGCAACAAGUGCGAUAUGCAUCCCCAAAGAAAGGUCUCCAAAGAGGAAGCUGAGACGUUUGCGAAGGAGCACGGCCUUUACUUUAUGGAAACCUCUGCGAAAACGACCGAGAAUGUAGAGGAGGUUUUUGUAGAAUCAGCAAGGGAAGUUAUAAAAAAGAUCAAAUGUGGCAGGCUCGACGUGUCAAACGAGAUAAGCGGAGUUAAAAUUGGCCCACAAAGACAGGCAAGUUCGCAAAUUGGUCAAAAAAACUCAAACUGCUGUGGCUAAGAAACAAAAAAAGAAAGGGGAAAAAAGGGCUAAUAAAAAUCUUUGAGUAAUUAUCUAAAACUCGCA